UGUCACUCUUGUAGAGUAUGUUGGGAGGAAUGUAGGGAACAGGUCAAUGGGUUGUUCCAGGUUCUUCCAGAGCAGCAGAAGUUCCUGGAUAAUCCACAGCCUCAUGGCUUUUUGCAGCAAAGUGAACCUCUUUAAACUGCUGGCGGGGCCUAGAGUGUCGCUCCACAGCGGAACACUUGAGUAGUGAGCACAGAGAACGGGAUUGGAUUUCCCACACAAAGACCAAAACAACAACAAAACCUCUUGUUGGGAUCUGUCCAAGUAUUUCUUGUUCCCUCAGGUCACAAAGGUCUGAGUGGUUUCCUCUCCAUAUUAAGGCAGAAACCUGUCUGUCGAGACCUGUCAUCCAAUUACCAGUAUCCUGAAGGGAAAAGCUGGCUAAGGUCUCUAAUCUCGCUUGGUCUUUGGGAAGAAAACAGCAUUUUGUUAGUUGUUUUAGUUUUGGAGUGCUGGGAAUUGAAUCUGGUGCCUCAUAUAAAGUAUCUACCCCUGAGCUACAUGCUCAGUCCCAACAUUUUUUUUUUUCCUCAGUGAAGAAUUGCCUAAUCAAGGUUUUAAAAAAAUCAUGCUAGUUUGAGCCCAGCCUGGUAGUAUGUGCUCUUACCCCCAGCACGUGGAAAGUAAAGACAAGAAGAUCGCUGGUGGAUAGGCUGCUCUGACACCAUGGGGAGCUGCUGUAGCUGCCUGGACAGAGACAGCGUGCCACACAACCACCCUACCAAGUUCAAGGUGACAAACGUGGAUGAUGAGGGCGUGGAGCUGGGCUCGGGGGUGAUGGAGCUGACCCAGAGUGAGCUGGUGCUGCACCUGCAUCAGCGGGAAGCCGUGCGCUGGCCUUACCUCUGCCUGCGACGCUAUGGUUAUGACUCCAACCUCUUCUCCUUUGAGAGUGGCCGCCGCUGUCAGACGGGCCAGGGGAUCUUUGCUUUCAAGUGCUCACGGGCAGAGGAAAUCUUCAACCUGCUGCAGGACCUCAUGCAAUGUAACAGCAUCAACGUGAUGGAAGAGCCAGUCAUCAUCACCCGUAACAGCCACCCCCAAGAGCUCGACCUCCCCCGAGGGCCCUCACAGCCCACUGGCUACACUGUCUCCAGCCUCUCCAAUGGCUGCCCUGGCUGCCCUGGAGAGGGCACACGGUUCUCCGCUCCCCGCCGACCCUCCACAAGCAGCCUGCGACACCCCUCGCUUGGAGAAGAGUCCACCCACAACCUCAUUGGCUCCGAUGAGCAGUCCCACACCUAUGUCAACACACCGACUGGCGAAGAAGACCACCGCAGGAGUCGCCACUGCCUGCAGCCACUGCCUGAGGGCCGGGCACCCUUUCCACCACAGACCUGGGGUUCCGACCAGCGGGACCCACAGGUGUUCUUGCAACCAGGGCAGGUCAAGUUUGUGUUGGGCCCCACCCCUGCUCGGCGGCAGGUGAUGAAGUGUCAGAGCCUCUGCCCCAGCAUGCACGACCCUCCCCAUCACAACAACAACGAAGGUCCUUCUGAGUGCCCAGCCCAGCCCAAAUGCACCUACGAGAAUGUCAGCGGGAGCCUGCGGCCAGGGGCUGGCUGGAGACUGAGCCCGGAGGAGCCAGGGUGGAGUGGCCUGGCCCACCGUCGGGCUGCCCUGCUGCACUAUGAGAACCUUCCCCCGCUUCCCCCUGUGUGGGAGAGCCAAGUCCAGCAGCUGGGCGGGGAGGCUGGGGAUGAUGGGGACUCCAGGGAUGGGCUUACACCAUCCUCAAAUGGCUUCCCCGAUGGUGAGGAGGAUGAAACCCCACUACAGAAACCCACCAGCACCAGGGCCUCUGCCCGUAGCCACAGCAGCUUCCCUGUCCCACUGACCCGCCGCCACCGAGGCUCCCCAAGGGUCUUCAACUUUGAUUUCCGCCGGCCAGGCCCUGAGCCAUCAAGGCAGCUCAACUACAUCCAGGUGGAGCUUAAGGGCUGGGGCACAGACCGUCCCAAGGGGUCCCAGGACCCCUCGGUAUCUGGAGCUCCUGGACCCACCCCACACCCUGCUCGCAGCUCAGACUCCUAUGCCGUGAUUGACCUCAAGAAGACCGUGGCCAUGUCCAACCUGCAGAGGGCUCUGCCCCGAGAUGACGGCACUGUCAGGAAGACUCGGCACAACAGCACCGACCUGCCUCUGUAGACCCGUCCUCCACCUGCCUCUGCUCCUGCAGGGAGACCUCCACCUCACCCAGCAGCCCAGGACUCACGGCUGCUUUGCAGAAGACGCUGGGGUGGACCACGUGUUUCCCUGCAUUGCUGGAGUCCCCAGGGAUGUCAGCCACCGAGAGUCCAGUUCCCCAAGCUGGGGAGGGGAGAGGGUGAGCUGGAGAGGAGGGAGCCGUGGUGUAAACUGUGAAGGGUUCCCAAGGUUGCAUUUUGCACCCUUCCCUAAUGUCCAUUUGUCUAGUCUGUCAGCUGUCUGUCUGUGUGUGGUUUCUUUUUCUUUUCUUUUUUCUUUUUUUCUUCUUGGUUGGAGUUUUGAAACAUUUUGUACCUGAUGAUUUUAUUUAUCAGUUUAUUUUUCUAUUUAUUGUUUUAAAUGUAACUUAACAUAUUUAUUAUUAAUAUAAUUAUUUUUAAAUUCUG